CCUCUUCCUUUCCCCCUUUUCAUUUCCCGCAAAACUUCCAACCACAGAACCACUCAUCUCUCUCUCUCCUGCUCUUCUGGCCUAAAAGGCAAAAACUGCUGAUCUUCAUUUUAAAUUUUACCAAACAUCAAAAUUCUUGCAAAAAAAUCAAAAUCACAAUCAAAAUUCAAACCCUAAUUUUGAAUUUUAGCUCAAUCUAAAGGCGGAAAAGGUGAUCAAUAAUCAAAUGAUCACAUGCCACCCCUCAAAUUCAACAUUACCGACGAAUUCUUCAAUGUUAGGGCACAGAACUUCCACCACCACCUUGCAAUUUUUUCAUAGUUUUCGCUGGAAUUCCCGCCAUUUUCGCUCUUCCUACCCUCCCAAAUUUACCCCUAAUUUUGUGAUUACCUCUUCGCUGGGCCCACUUUUCGCCUCGGCGGCAGUCGUCGGUUCGUCAACUCAUGCCGCUGUAGCUUCCACCAUUACUCAGGUCGCUGUUACCGCCGUCGCCAUCGCUUCCGGAGCUUGCCUUUCUACUAAAGUGGACUUUUUGUGGCCUAAGUCCCAUGACCAGCCUAGCCCUCUGGUACUAGAAGGAGUUGAUGUAACUGGCUAUCCCAUAUUUAACAAUUCCAAGGUGCAAAAGGCUAUAUCUUUUGCUAGUAAAGCACAUCAUGGGCAGCUACGCAAAAGUGGAGAACCAUACUUGGCACAUUGUCUUCAUACUGGAAGAACCUUGGCUAUCUUAGUUCCAUCAAGUGGACAAAGGGCUGUUAAUACAGUCGUGGCUGGGAUUCUUCACGAUGUCAUUGAUGAUACCAGUGAAACUCGAGUCAGUAUCAGAGAAAAUUUCGGCAAUGAUGUAGCUCAGCUUGUAGCUGGUGUUUCCCGGUUAAGUUAUAUUAAUCAGUUGUUGAGAAGACAUCGCAGAAUAAAUGCAAACCAGAGCAAUCUUAGUCAUGAAGAGGCAAAUAAUUUGCGACUGAUGCUCUUGGGCAUGGUUGAUGAUCCACGUGUGGUACUCAUAAAGCUUGCUGACCGCCUUCAUAACAUGAGGACCAUUUAUGCUUUGCCACUUUCCAAGGCUCGAGCUGUUGCUGAAGAAACUUUGGUUGUUUGGUGCUCCCUUGCUUCGAGAUUGGGCCUUUGGGCUUUGAAGGCUGAACUGGAAGAUCUUUGCUUUGCCGUUUUGCAGCCUCAGAUGUUUCGUCAAAUGAGAGCUGAGCUAGCAUCCAUGUGGAGCCCUUGCAGAAGGACAAGGAACGUUCGAAGAGUGUCCGCUAAAAGAAGUUUGCUUUCUGCAACAGAUGCAACUGCAUCAAGUAGCUUUAACUGUUCUUUGGCUACCGAGGAAGAUGAUACAGAAAUGAAGGAUCUUCUUGAAGCAGUCUUACCUUUUGAACUCUUGCUAGACCGAGGAAAACGAAUGAACUUCCUUAGUAAUUUUACUAGCUACUCCAAGAUUUCAACAAAACCAAAGGUUGUGCGGGAUGCUGGAAUUGCUCUGGCGUCUUUAGCAAUGUGCGAGGAGGCACUUGAACGUGAACUUUUGAUAUCAACCUCUUACGUACCAGGAAUGGAAGUUACUAUAUCCAGCCGUUUGAAAAGCUUGUACAGCAUGUAUAGCAAGAUGAAAAGAAAAGAUAUUGACAUCAACGAGGUCUAUGACGCUCGUGCAUUGCGGGUAAUUAUUGGAGAUAACAAUGGAGCUCUCCACGGGCCUGCUGUCAUUUGUUGCUACAAUGUUCUCGACAUAAUACACAGGCUCUGGUCACCUAUUGGUGGUGAAUUUGAUGACUAUAUUGUUAACCCAAAGCCUAGUGGCUAUCAGUCUUUGCAUACUGCUGUACAAGGACCUGAUAAUUCACCUUUGGAAGUGCAAAUAAGAACCCAGAGGAUGCAUGAGUACGCAGAACAUGGACUUGCUGCACAUUGGCUCUACAAAGAGACCAAUAACAAAUUACUUUCUGGUAUAAGCUCGGGUGGUACACAUGGAAAAGAAUUCUCCAAUUUUUCGCAAGGCUUGGAGGAGCAAAGUCCGGUAGGAGAUGUGUACAGUUCCUUGAAAGAAGGACAUCCAGCACUUAGAGUGGAACGAAGUAACUUGCUUGCUGCCGUUAUCAUCAGCGUUGAUAAUGAUGGAAGAGAAUUACUUGUUGCUGUCAGCUUUGGAUUAGCAGCAUCUGAAGCAGUUGCUGACAGAAGAACAUCUUUCCAAAUAAAGAGAUGGGAAGCAUAUGCUAGGUUAUACAAAAGGGUCUUGGAUGAGAGAUGGUUUAAACCAGGGCAUGGAGAUUGGUGUACAUGUCUUGAGAAAUACUCGCUUUGCCGAGAUGGACUUUAUCAUAAGCAAGAUCAAUAUGAUCGUGUGCUGCCAACAUUUAUUCAGGUUAUUGACCUGACAGUGGAAGAGGAAUCUAACUAUUGGGCUGUCAUGUCUGCUGUUUUUGAUGGGAAAGAUGUUGAUUCAAUUACAUCUCGAUUGGGAAGCUGUAAAACGCCCAUUUCUGCUGCUUUUUCUUCUUCUAACGAAGCUAAUAUCAAUAACAAGGUUCAUCUACUUAGGACAAUGCUCCAAUGGGAGGAGCAGAUAUUUUCCGAAGUAGGUGUGAAACAAGGAUCCAAGUCUAGUAAAUCAUAUGAUGAUUCCAUAAUCCUUGGAGAAGUUGCAGUUGUUUCAUGGCCAGAUGGUGAUAUCGUAAGAUUAAGAGCAGGCAGUACUGCUGCAGAUGCUGCAAGAAGAAUAGGGCUCGACGGCAAGUUUGUUUUGGUAAAUGGUCAACCAGUACAACCCAAUAUUGAACUCAGAGAUGGUGAUGUGGUUGAAGUAAGACUGUAAAUUCCUCAUGUACAUAGGAUUGUUAUAGCUUCAAGGUAAAAAAAAUGUGCAGGAAAACAGUGUAAUUCUGUUGUAUUGUCAAGGUGUACAUAGUUUCUGUAUAUUUUGGAUCGA